AUGGCAUCCGGCCACGUUCUCCGGUUUCCCCGGUCAGACAGUGAGGGCGCUUUUGUCAUCGUCCAGGCCACGCCUAUUAAGUCAAAGGCGCUGGAUGUCAAGUUGGUGGGAACUGAUGGCGUGGAGCCAUAUGCCAUUUCUCGUGAGUCGAACGCUCGUCAUCCCGCCUUCCUGGCCGACGAUCACCGCGGCCCGGGCGAGGUUGCGCUGGUAGUGCGUCACGAUAAAGUCGCAUCUCUUCGUGUCAAGAACAGUCCAGUGUCUGAGGAAGAAUGGGUCGCUAUCCUUACUGCGGUUUUGCAACAAGAACCGGCCGGGGACAUUGAGGCAAUUGCAUCGGUGGAAAACGAGUCAGUUCUCACCCUGACUAUUCGAAAAAAGGGGAAUGAGUUCACACAACGGCUCGGCGCCAUCGAGUUGAGCCACAGCCCACGCGAGCUCAUUGAGCUAUUCGACUGGUGUGCCCUCUCGGCCCAGACAGCCAAUGAGGCCAAGAAAGCUCUAGCUUCCACAACCGCGAAAGCAAACAAGCUCGAAGACUCUGUGCGGGAGCUCAAAGCUCAAAUCGACGAGCUAGUCGCGGCCAAGGAGGCUGAUGAGUCGGAACUCCUCGAGAAGUUCCGCGACCUGCUCAACGAGAAGAAAUUGAAGAUCCGACAGCAGCAGAAACUACUCGCGUCUGCAUCCGUCGAGCCGGAGAAGCUAGCGCAGGUACAGAGUUCCCAGGCCGCGGCAAAAGGCCAUGUGGCCGCCAAGUCGAGGCCGGGCAAGAGGAAGACCGCUCCCGCGCCUGUUGGUGAUGCUGAUUCGUCAGAAGAAAGCGAGGACAAAAUGGAUGUUGAUGAGGCUAAGGAACAGGCUGCGGACGAGUCGGAUCAGCAGCGCGACACAACUGAGGAUGAUGACGAGACCGCUAGUGAAAAUGAAGAUGAAGAAUCGGCAGCGCCAACACACAGUCAGCAGACACGGUCUCGAGUAUCCCCGCCGCCGAAGCCAAAGGCUGCAGCAGCGCCCGCGAAGAAGGAGGCGCCUCCUGCGAAGAGAGAACUGCCUUUUGCAAGAAAGAAAGCAGCCCCCAAAGCACCCCCACCGCCCGCUGGCAGCGAGACCGAAUCUGACGAUGAGCUGUGA